AUGGCAUCAGUCUCUAGUGCAUCCUCAGCCAUCUGCGGCAUCGACGUCGGCUCGGAGAACUGCUACGUCGCCGUCGCCCGCCUCGGUGGCAUUGAGAUCCUACUGAAUGAGUACUCCCAACGAUCAACCCCCUCCUAUGUCGGUUUCGGCGGGAACCAGCGCGAGCUGGGCGUCUCCGCCAAGCAGAAGCAGAUGAUGAACCUCAGCAACACCUGCGUGGCGCCCACGCUCCUCAUCGGUCGUCGCUACGAUGAACUCGAUCUGAACUCGAUUCCCUACCGGGUGGAGAAGGACGCCGAGGGAAUGCCCGUCGUGGUGGUCAACCACAACGACGAGGAGCUGCGCCUCUCCCCCACGCAGGUGCUGGCGAUGCUCUUCACGAAGCUGCGCCAAAUCGCCGGCAACGUCGUUGACUGUGUGAUCAACUGUCCGAACUACUUCACCGAGGUGCAGAAGCGGGCGCUGAUGGACGCCGCCUCCAUUGCCGGCCUCAAUCCUCUGAAGGUCAUUCCCGACAUGACGGCAGUGGCGCUCUACUACGGCUUCUACCGGGCCGCCUCGGCUGGCACCGAGUUCAGCGUGGUCGCCUUCGUCGACGGCGGCCACACCUCGACGCAAGCCUCGGUGGUGCUCUUCAACCACAAGGAGAACACCAUGCACGUCCUGGACACCGAGUACGAGCCGACCGUCGGCGGGAAGCACUUUGACGAGGUGCUCGCCAACCACUUCAUCGCCGAGAAGAAGCUGCAGCUGAACAAGCGCGCCCGCUGCCGUCUGCUCGCCGAGUGCGAGAAGGUGAAGAAGCAGAUGUCGGCCAACUCCAAUGAGCUUCCCAUCAACAUUGAGUGUCUGCAGGACGACCGCGACUUCUCCGCGCGCAUCGACCGCACCAAGUUUGAGGAGCUCUCCACGCCGCUCCUCGAGAAGGUCCACCAGACGCUGGCCACGCUGCGUCAGCGAGCCCAGGAGAAGUACGACAAGGACUUUGCCGACAAGUUUGGCGCCUUUGCCGUCCACUCGGUGGAGAUUGUCGGCGGCAGCAGUCGCAUCAGCGCAAUCAAGCGCAUGAUCAAGGACAUCUUUGGCGUGGAGCCGUCGACGACGCUGAACGCCGACGAGGCGGUCGCCCGCGGCUGCGCCCUCCAGUGCGCCAUUCUCAGCCCCACCUACAAGGUGGCCAAGGAGCUGAAGAUUCUCGAUUCUCUUCCCUACCAGAUUAACUUUAAGUACACCCAAGGGUUUGAAGACUUCAAGACGGUCAACGCUCUGUACCCGCGAGGCCACCAGUACCCGUUUACCAAGCAGAUAUCUCUGUCCGUUCACAAGUUGCCCAUCACCAUUUGCUUUGAGUACGUCGACGAGAAUGGGCAGAAUGUGACCAGUUCGGCAUAUGAGAUUCGCCACCCUGACGGCGGUGAUGCCGUUGAACUGCUGUCAAAGAACAGCAUCAAACUGCGCGUCCGUGCCGAUGUCAACGGCGUCGUGCAGAUUCACUCUGCCUCGGUGCAGUACGAGAAGCUGGAGAGUGUGCCCAUGGACACUGCCGCCGAGGGCGAGAAGAUGGAGACGGACGAUUCGGCGGCGGCAGCGGCUUCCCAAGCCUCUGAAUCAGCUGAGGCCGGCGCCGAGGCGGAGCCGAAGCGCAAGUCUACCAAGCCCAAGAUGGCCACCAUUGAACUGCAAUCCAUUCCGCGCUUUGAGGUGGGCAAGUUCUCCAGCACCGACCUGGUGAAGUUCCAGGAGCAGGAGAGCAACCUCAUUCUCGCCGACAAGAACUGGAAGGAGAAGACGGACGCGAAGAACGCCCUCGAGGAGUUCAUCUACGAGUGGAGAGACCGCCUGGAGUCGGGCAGCUACGACCCCUUUGUCCACCCCGACGCCAAGGGCCCCUUUCAGGCGAAGCUGGAGGAGAAUGAAAAGUGGCUCUUUGAGCAGGAGGAGGAGGACCGCAUGCACUCGAAGAGCGUCUACGACGAGCGGACCAAUGCGAUGAAGUCCACCUACGCCGAUGGCAUUCUCACGCGCAAGCGAGAGUACGAAAACCGACCGCGCGCCAUGGAGCAGCUGGGCAGUCGGCUGCAGAUGUCCCGCAAGCUCAUCGAGGGCAGCACCGACGCCGACGAGAAGGAGGAGGUGGAGAAGUUCAGCAAGGAGAUUGAGGAGAAGCAGCACUGGCUGGACGACGCCAUGGGCAAGCUGAACAACAUCAGCACCUACGAUGAUCCGCCGGUGAAGGUGGACGCCAUUGCCCAGCAGACGGCCGCCGUCGAGGCCUCCAUGGUCAGACUGAACAACAGCCGAAGUCGUCGGGCGGAGCAGAAGCGCAAGGCAGAGGCGGACGCUGCGGCGAAGAAGGCUGCUGAUGCUGCUGCUGCCAGAGCUGCCGCUGAGGCGAAGAAGAAGAGUAAGACUGCUGGAGGAGGGAAGGGAUCAGAUGUGGUGGACGGCGAUGUGCCUCCUGCACAGAAUGGCUCCGAGAAGAUGGACGUUGACCACGAGAACGGCUCUGCGGCGCCGGCUGACGGAGCCGAAGCGGCCACUGCUACUCCUUCCGCUUAA